AUGGCACAAACAACAAUGCAGGCUCUCAAGCCCAGUAUGGAUGACGGUCAGGCUAUCUCCACCAGCAGCACUCAUGUCGCGGAAAGCACGCACACAGCCGAUUAUGUCUCACCAGCUUGGGGAAGGAGGUUCAACUCGGACACGCAUGCUAACAGUCCGUGGGCACGGAAGGUCAUUCUGUCACUGGAUGGUGGUGGCGUAAGAGGAUAUGCCUCGUUACUGAUCCUGAGAGAGUUGAUGCGUCGACUAGAAGUUCUGGAACGGCAAGAAAGCAAGGAUGAAAGUCAGCAAAGCAAUUCUGACUAUCUUUGGAACUCUGGAAGCGAAGAUGGCCACACCCAGGAUGGUGCUCGCGAGUUUCGACCACAUCACUACUUCGACUACUGCGUGGGCACAAGUAAUGGCGGUCUAAGCGCAAUCAUGCUUGGACGUCUCCAAAUGACCGUCGACAAAGCCAUCGAGCAGUACGACAUUGUUGGCACACAAGUGUUUGGGCACCCUCGCAAGUUCGCGUUGAUGGGCCUUGGCCGCACAAGAUACGGUGCAGACAACAUGAAUGCUGCGUUACAAAACGCAAUGCUAGAAGGCGUCGCAGCAGAAGUCGAGCGAUCUGAGCAUCGAAAGACCAUGUACCCCCGAGUAGGAGCGCGCAUACUGGAUCGGAAACGCUUGACUGAGGACGAGAGGAUACAGAUCAAACAGCUCAAAACAAGUGCCCGGCAGUGUCGCCUCAGGAACGAGAAUCUGGAUGCGGCUCGCACGAUCGUCGUUUCGCACGGCGGUAACAUGAAGCGUGAAGCAUAUCUGUUCCGGAGUUACGAUCAUCCUGCGCCGUCUGCAUCAGACGGAGAUCGUGUCUUGCAUUUGAACCAUGGACCUGCUUCGGAAGCUGCAAUAUGGGAGGCCGCAAGAGCCACGAGUGCUGCGCCUGGCUACUUCUUCAUGCUAGAAAUAGCAGAGGGCCGCUUCGAGGAUGGAGGUCUUGGAGAGAAUAAUCCAGUCAGUCUGGCUUACGAGGAAGUGAAACAAAUGCAUCUCCGGCGUGAACCAUUGUUGAUACUCUCCAUUGGCACUGGACUUGAGCCUGACCGGACAUGGGAGAAAGACAUCCCAUUCCGCCCAUUGAAGCAAGCUGUACGAAUGUGGCGAGACCUCGAGCAGCUCCAAAAUCAGAUCACGGACUCCGAGAAAACACAUCAACGGUUUCGAGGCCGUGUCAACGACAGCAAUCGCAAGAACAAAGAUCCGCAGAGCAGAGAACGCAACCACAUCCAUUACCACCGAUUCAACGUGCCCGACAUCUCCAACAUCAGACUAGACGAAUGGCAACCUCCAGCUACAGGCCAAACAACCAAGCAGAAUAUGGAGACAGCAGUGGCUGCUUAUCUGGCCCAAGAUUCCACCUCGAGGGACCUCGAUGCCUGCGCCCAGAUCCUUUUCCAGACCCGAUGCGCGCGCGCACAAACAGAACGCUGGGAACGCUUCGCUCUACACCUAACCUACUGCUGCCGUGAGAAAGACUGCGAAGCCGUAACUUUCACCUCCCGCAAAUCUCUACGCAAGCACGCGAUCGACUACCAUGGCUUCGUCUGGCGGAUAUGA